CGGGAAGACAAAGGACCUCAACGCAACAUAGUCAAAAACUGUAGGCGAGGUUCGGAGCAAGCACUUCACUAAUUAUGGCGCUUCGCACGCGAACCUCCGCAGCACGCUCCGUUAUGAGCCUUGUGCUGUCGUGCGCUGGAGCCGUGCACUUGUUUUUUCCGUUACUCUUUUCAGCACUUCAGCCAGCUUUUGGAUACGAGUACGCAAGUCUAGACUCUCCUGCGCUCACGGUGGAACACUUUGGGGUGCCGGGGUUGAAUAACGAUGGAGUGGUUGGAAUCAUUGCACCUCAGUGCAAGAAAAACUGCAACUUUCGAGGUCUGUGCUCAGACGGAGUCUGCUACUGCCAGCCCGGAUUUUCCGGAAAUUCUUGCGAUAGGGAAACGGUGUCAAAAAGAGGAAACUACGCGCUCAACGAAGUAGGCAUGGUCUCGCUCGGAGUGUUUCUCGUGUACCUUUUUUUUUGUUUCGAGUUGCUCGCUUUUUUUCUUACAGAGGAGGCAGAACGUGAAGGAGAACCAGAAAGAGAUUUGUUGACACAUUCUCAAUUCUCAAAACAGAGUCUUCAUGCUGACCUUCUCGUGUCUGCAGUACCAAGAGUAUUCCAAGAAGGCCACCGAGCGGGCGAUGGGCUACGCCGUUUGAACUUGCGGGGUGCCUUCCAGAAUUAAUGAAUGUUGCAUCUUUGUCGAGGAGGAGCAAAGGCAAACGCAAACGCAGUGGCAGGCGGUCAGGGGAGAGUUGCCGGGUCGGGAACUAGAAUCGACGCCGGGGAGGCACAGUUUUCAUGACGAGUCUCAUUCUCCAUGCCCCUGGAGCGCUGUGUUAGUGUGGUUGGUCUGUGUGAGACAAGGAGUAUAAAUGCUUGCGUUUGGCGCUGUCCUGCAGAUAA